UUGGUUGAGCGUUAAACAUUCCACCGGUUUCCUUUGAAUAAUCCUCUCUCUUACUAUUCCUUUCUUGAGCCAGAGCCGGGGCCGGAGUUCGUCGUCUUCUUCCUGAUACGCCAACUUUUUGAGACUCCGAUCCUUGCGAUAACAGCAACGAAGGACGCCUCACCGAUCGAUGCCGGAUUUCUCGUUCUCCUUCUUUUUCGACGUUGAAUUUAACGUCGGCAGAUAGUCAGAUGAGGUUAUGGGUCAAAAUUCUACCUCCGGCAAUCGCCGCCGCGGCCGCUGUUCUUCUCUUCCUAAUUUUAUGGCGACGACGACGAAACAGGCGGUUGCUUUCCGCUGCGGACACCCCGCGAUUGCCUCAAUCGGCAAGCAAGGCCAGAAGCCAGAGCCUCCACGCCGGCAUCGCCAAGCUACAGUUCGCCUACCGCUCCAGCACCGGCCGCAAGGCCAGCUUCCUCUUCCACCACCUCCACUACGACCACGAACUCGCCGGCGAGGCACCGAGCCGGUUCGAUUGGGAGGACCACCCGCGGCUCGAGGAGGAGGCGGUGGAGCACGGCUGGUCGCGCUUCGUGUUCGCCGGCUGCUGGCCGCAGGACGCCGCGGCGCAGGGCAGUGGAGAGGGUAGUGGCGGCGAUGUGGAUGCGAACUGGGAGGUGCUGCCGGGGUCGUCGGAGUUCUCGCAGACGGUUUGGCUGCGCCCGAGAGGGAGGAGGGGCAGCCCGCUCGCUCUCCGCGGCGAGGGAGCCGCUGCCACAGCGAGGAUGCUUCUCCCGCUCCCCGGCCCGCGGCUCGGCCUCUCCUCCUUCCCGCAAGAAGCAUACUUCGAGGUCACCGUCCUGUGCCUGAAACCAACGCCUCCGCCGCCUUCCGGAACUAGUAAGCGAACCAAAUCCACGGACGCCGGAAAGGAAACCGAUUGCGCCAAGCUGAUCGCAGAAAUUUCAAAUCCCUUUGCAGCCGAUCAGCCUCCAAUCCCACAACCCAACGCAUGCGCCAAAGAAGAAGGGCAGGACACAACUCUCUCCUUGGGCCUCGCCCAUGGCGGAGCACUUCCCAGCGGAUCAUUCUCCGGCACAUACCCCGGCUCCAUCGGCUUCCACUCCAAUGGAUCUGUCCAUCUCGACGGAAAGAAGCUCAUUUUCGAAUCGGAGAAAGCGGAGUGGGCGGAGGCGAACAGGGUGAUCGGCUGUGGGUUCGAUCCGAGGAAGAAGAAGGUGUUCUUCACGGUGGAUUCCCAGCUGGUGCACGUCGUCCACUGCCACUCCGACAUGUACAAAGCUCCGCUGUUCCCGGUCCUCGGAUCGAACGCCGACGCCAUGAUCCUGGUCAAUUUGGGGCAGAGCAGAUUCAAGUACCAGCCGGCGAACGCGUACCGGACGCCCAAUCCUCGCUUCGUCCGCUCCUCCUCCGUCAACGACGCCGCCGCCGCCGCCGCCGCCAUCAGCGACGACGAUAGCCUGGAGCUCUUCUCCAUGGGGAGGAUCGACGCGCACUGGUUCGACGCCGCUAAAAAAAGCCAGAGCGCCAGCAAGAAGAGCCAAACGGCGGAUGCGGAUGCCGAUUCCGAUCUUUUCGAGAUCUCUCUGCAAAUCUAACAAGAUCAAUUAAUCAAGAGUCCAAAGAACAGAACAAAUUCAUACAAAAAGCGGAAGAAGAGACAGCAACCAGAAUCACAACGAUAAUAAACAACAACUGAAAAUUGAACAAAAUGCUUUCUUUGUAAAGAUACAAACUGACACUGAGAGUGGCGUCAUUCUUACAUUGGUUUAAGAACUGGCUCAUGUAUUCACCAACCUCCUGUAAACUUGAUCAUAAUGAGCACACUUCUCGAAAUAGAGAGCAGUAUUGAAACUUUAC